AUAGAAAUAUAUUAUAACAUUUGGUUUGUGUAGGGGAGAUGUCAGUUUUAGUUUUUUAAGGUAUUUUUAAAAGAGAGAAUACAGGGUUGGGGUUAGUUAUGCAAAGGGAGUAUUAGGGGAUUACAUCUUUGAAUAUGAUGCCCUUGUUUUGUUUUACUUUAGCACCUGUGGUUUUAUUUUAUUUUCGGUGUUGUUUUUUAAAAUUUCCAAUUGAUUGCAUUUAAGGAGUUUUUUAAAAAGUUUUUUUAAAAAAAUCUAAAGUGCAGAUGUACCCAUAGAGUUGGGAUAAUGGAGCCUUACACCUUUGUUUUAGGGCUGAAGAAAGGAGGAGUUAACUCCUCCACCCACGUGGUUUUCCCAAGGUGGAGAUCAGGUAUGUGGGAGGGCGAAGGUUGGGGCAGAAAAGGUGCCUUUCCUCACAGGCCUAAUUCAGAAGGAGAGGCGAGAUUGAAAGCAGCUGGUGAAUGAUUUCAGCACCUAAGACAGUGGACAGAGGCCAGGAAUAAUCAUACAGCUGGCAUCCUGUCCUUCUAGGUGAAAAAGAAACAUGUCAAAGGACCACUUUGAGAACUCUGACUACAUCUGCUCCUUUGGGAUGAAGCUCACGUGGGACAUCAAUGACCCCAAGUUACCACAGGAGCCCAAGUACUUUGAUUCCUUCCAGGAGUGGCCAGAUGGCUACCUGCGGUUCAUUUAUUCCAGUGAUGAUAAAAAUGCACAGAGGCAUCUCAGUGGCUGGGCCAUGCGCAACACUAACAACCACAACUGCCAAAUCCUCAAGAAGUCCUGCCUUGGUGUGGUGGUGUGUGCCAGGAAUUGCACCCUUCUGGAUGGGACCAAACUACAGCUUCGCCCUGCUAUAUGUGACAAAGCUCGCCAAAAACAACAGAGAAAGCAUUGUCCAAACUGCAGUUCAGCUCUUGAAUUAAUUCCCUGUCGAGGGCAUAGUGGCUACCCAGUGACUAAUUUCUGGAGACAUGAGAGCAAAGCAAUAUUUUUCCAGGCCAAGGGAUUGCAUGACCACCCAAGACCAGAAAGUAAAUCUGAGACAGAGGUCAGAAGAAGUGCCCUUAAAAAGCAAUCACCGUCUUCUCACCCGCCUCAGAAAAAAAGGCUUCUGGAGUUUCAGACAGGAACAUUCAAUGAGAAUGCCAGUCACUUUCACUACAUUCAUCAUCUGGCAUGCGAAGAAGGACCGGAAAAAUUCAGCAUAGUCACCGAUACCAGCUUGCCACUCCUACCUCAGUCCCAUCAUUUAUUUCAUAAUGCAGAACCAUACAACAUUACUUAUGAUGCUUCCAACUUCCAAGAAAAUGUGGUAGCACCACUCCAGAACUACACAAGCUCCCAAAUCUACACAUGUAAACCAAGUGUUGGUUAUGAGUGUGCCUUUCCUGGAUACAUGACUCCUAGUUUAUGCUCAACUUUUCAUAAAGAUGCAAUGAAUAUUCCAGUGGACUCUGAUCACGUUCUGCUGAAUGGACUCCAGUAUCAUAUAAAUUCAUUAAAUGUACAUGAAAAGAACUCUGACAUCAUCCAUAAGUACAAUGGAUUGAGACAAACCUCAGGGGAAACAAACUGUGAAGAAAAGAUUGGCUAUGGGCCAUGUCAACUUAAUGCUAACCAUCCCCACUAUAGCGAAGAAUAUACUUGUAGAUAUAGUAGUCUUUCCUCCUUGGAGGUUCCAGCUUUGCAAACAGUUAUAACUACAACAACUCAGAUGUCCCUUGAGGCCUACAAGCCUCCUAUACUGAAGUACGGUGACAGUUCUGUGUAUGAUGUCAAAGAUCUUCUAAGCUGCUCCAUGGCAGAUAGCAUUUCAGAAAAUGUUUGUCCACAAAUAAACUUUCAAGAAGACUGGGCAAUAGGCAAAUCAAAUUUACCUGAGGAACAUUUUCUGACCACUAGUAAGGUAGGCCCUGUAGCAUCGGUGGAAACUUGUCAGAUCAGUCCUAAUAUGGAGAAAAGUUAUAAAGUUUAUGAAGAAGAGACAUUUGGAUUUGAAAACACCGAAUACUGAGCUCCAGAAAUAUUCGAUGUAUUUUUCUAUAAAAACAUAACACAAAUAUUAUCUAGUUACAUAUUUGAAAUAAAUAAAAAGGAAAUAUAUUAAUCUUGGAACAUUAAGGGCCCUUUCAGACAGGCCCUAUAUCUCAGGAUCUGAUCCCAGGUUUUCUGCUUUAAACUAGAUUUUGAUUCCACACUGUUAGAUAAUCUGGGAUAAACACAAAACCUGGCAUAUAGGGCUAGUUUGGAAGGGCCCUAUGUCAAUGCUGUGGUUGAAUCAUGAAUUCUAAACCUAGCACAUGGAGCCCCCGGUGGUGCAGCGUGUUAAAACGCUGAGCUGCUAAACCUGUGGACCAAAAGGUCGCAGGUUUGAAUCUGGGGAGUGGCGUGAGCGCCCACUGUUAGCCCCAGCUUCUGCCAA